CAUCAGCGAGCGACGCAAUCAAAAUGGCGGCUUGUUUCUGUUAUUGUUGAAACGUUCUCCCGAAAGCAGUGUAUGUUUUAAUUAAAGCAUCUUGCGAUUCUCUGCAGAAUGGCUAACGAGGAGAAGGAGAAAGAGAAAAGUGAAGGGCGGAAUUUCUUCAUGGCUUACAGCGACAGCGAGCUGAGCAGCAGCAGCAGCAGCAGCGACUCGGAUGACGGAGAGCAGAAAUUAUCGCGGAAGAAGAGGAAGCUCGAUGUGAAAAGCGGUGAUUCUGAGGGAAAAGCGGGAUCAGCUGGAGAGGGGAAAAGCGGAAGUGGGGCAGUUCCGUUACCCAAACCGGAUGAGCUUUUCAGGUCGGUGUCCAAGCCUGCUUUCCUUUACAACCCGCUGAAUAAACAGAUCGACUGGGAGAGCCGCAUCGUUAAAGCUCCUGAAGAGCCUCCUAAGGAGUUCAAGUUGUGGAAGAACAACGCCGUGCCUCCUCCUCAGAGUUAUGAGGUGAGGGAGAAGAAGGGUCCGCCUCCUGGCAUGGACAUGGCCAUAAAGUGGUCCAGCGUGUACGAGGACAACGGAGACGACGCUCCUCACCGACGAGCAGAACAGGCUCAGGUCCUACCUGACAAUGAGCUAGCGCGAUCUGAUGAUGAUGAUGAUGAUGACGACAUAGAGGAAAAAGCAGAGAAGUCAUCCGCUAAGAAGCGCAGAGUGGAGACGUUCCAGCAGAAGGAAAAGAGGAAGCGGGAUCUGGGCCAAGCCACAUCCGAUAAGAACUUUGUAGAGGAGGAAAAGAGGAUUUUGAGGCAGUGUUUGGAGUGAGGCAGGAGUCAAGCCUCACUGAUACUCAGAGAUGAAUCUGAGGAAAGACUGCUCGCUUGUAGAGAACUGAGAACUCGAGGGGUUUUAUGUUAUCUCGAGCUAUCUAGGCACAUGUGUCUAUAAUCAAUAUGUCCGACAGUAUGUAGUGAAUAAAACACUUUGGGACAUUGUUUUUAUAGAGAAAUAGUAAUGGUGUGAUGAAGCUGAAUUACUUUCCUAUAACAGCACGUAAUAAAGUGGUUUGUUCCUCUUAUACCACAGCAGUUUGCUUUUAUGAAUUUUGUGUUCAUGUUUGUUGUGAAUGAUUUUCAAAUCAGUUGCAAAAUAUUAAAUUGAAUCAUAUCGAGUCAGUGUUGUUUCUCAGCUGUCAUCUCGACACCAAAUCUUUUUCUUAAAGAUAAAAGUAAAAUGAGAAAUUCAAGGCUUGUUAUGCUCUUUAAGAGAUUUGUAUUUACAGUGACUAGGCCACCAGGUGGCGCCCUUAGCAAAGAUUACUGUUAUUCCUCAACCUGUAGACUUGUGUCAUAGGUGUUGCUGAGUCUGAACAGUCAACCCUGGGCUUAGACAGCUCAAAUCUUAAUAAAAUAACUGCUACACUGCAAA